AACGAAAGUCCCAACGACAAAGGGAACGUUAUAAUAAUGACGAUAAAAUUUCAAAAGUUUCCCACCCAUUUCAUUAAGAAAUUUCGAGCUCGCGGUACUUCGCAGUUAAUUCGGAGCGGAGCCGUCCGCAUUCGCGAAGAGACCGACCGCCAGCGAAACAAUUUAAAACCUUUCCGGUGGAAUUCUAAUUCGGCGAAGUUUCCUGAGAAAAUUUUGGCAGACAGCAAACGCUACAUCGAGAGAAUACUAACAACCGUUUCCGCAUGAACAUAAAUA